AAUGAUAACUCCUUAAGAAUAACUUGAUAUCAGUACUUUAACUUUUAAAUUUAGUCAUUAAGAAGAUUAAGUCAUAUUUAAAUGGAAAAUCUCAAACUACAAUAAGAACUUUAGGAAAAACAUUUAGAGGUUUUGAAUCUUUCGAUCAAAAAUGUAGAAUUGAUAAAGAUGAAUUUUUGAUUGGAUUAAAAUAAAAUGGUGUCGUACUAACUAAAUUUUAAACAGAUGUAAACAUUCAUGUUAGUUUAGUUUCUGUUAAAUUAUCUUGAUAGAAACAGAGAUGGAUCUAUUGAUGUUGCUGAAUUUCUUUAUCUAAUUAGAGUAUUCAUAAUUAUCAAUUAAUUUAGGGAUCACCAAAUGAAAAUAGAUUAAAUGUUAUUGUUCAAGCAUUUAGGAAGUUUGAUCAAGAAAAUUUGGGAUUUAUAGUUGCAGAUGAUUUCAAGGGAAUAUUUAAUGCUAAAAACCAUCCUAAAGUAACUAGAGGAGAAUUAACAGAGGAUCAAGCUUACAUAGAGUUAUUACAAUAUUUCAAAGAAGGCAAUAAGUCAGGCCAUAUUACAUUGAAUGUAAAUUAUAGUCAUACCUAAAAUUUAGGAAUGGAAGGAAUACUAUGCGGCAGUUAGUGCUGACAUCGAAUCAGAUGAAAACUUUAUUGCUUUAAUAAAAGAAACCUGGAGAUUAAAAUGA